AUGCCUCCCAAGCAUGAAAGCCGCGGCCACAAGAAGCCCAAGUCCAUCCUCAAGCACCGCAGGCAUGGGCCUGCGCCCGAGCCCGCCGCCGAGGCUCCAGCAGGAGAAGCUGCUCCUGCCCAGGAGCCGCCGCCCGAACUACCGUCGCGGGAGAAGAGCAACGAUGCGGCGCCGACGAUUCGGAGCAACUCGAAGCGGGCGUGCAACCUGCUGAUGCGGAUCAAGGAGGACCAGAGCCCCGUCGCGUCGUUUUUCGGCAUUGCGCGACUGAAGGGGUCGGCGCUGGAGCUGCACAAGCUGCUGAAGGAGGAGGGAGGGAACGUCCGGACGGGCGAGCAUGACAUCCGUCGGCUGUUCAAGGGCGAACCAAGGCGGGUGCAGGCACUGCUGGAACAAGAUGCUGAGCUGCCUGAGAAAACGAUCCAAACGAAGACCGAAUUCGUGUCAAUCAAUAGUCAGUUCAACAAGAUCGUUGUCACACCCUUGGAGAAGUCAUUCAGAACCCACGGCCGGUCGAAGCCCGACUACGGCCAUCUUCGCAAGCAGGCCGAGCUUCUCCUUGACCAGGCACGAGAGGCUCGCAACUCGCUGAAGAAUGCCGUGAGGGAUGCGAAGAAGAGGAAUUCCACCAGCGUGGAGCCAGAUCCGCUUCAAUUCACGAUCCCAGCCCAGCCCAGGAAGAGGCGCAAGCGGCAUUCCCAGGCCCGGAGGAAGCAUUAG